CUUCAUCGUCUUGCGACUCUGCCUCCAUUCUUCUUCAUCUUCUCGUCGAUCCUUCAUUAACAUCUCUCCUAAGUCAUCAUAUCUUCACAACACAAUAUGUCCACUGCUUCUGCUGCAGCUAUCAGACUAAUAUUUGUGAACUUACUCAAUGAGAAAUGUAUUAACUUAUAAAUAUACUUCAUACCUUAAGGAGACUUCUAUGUUUCAAGUGAUUUGUGGUACAAUCAAUAGAGGGAUAAACAAGAGGCACACGAACUCUACCAACCUUUGCAUGCAGCGGGUAUUUGAGAAGUUCAUGCUAACAGUUAACUGGAAGUCUGGAAUCAAUCAUUGGAGUGCUACCUUGAUCUGUUCCUCCAGUUGUGCCCUGGAGAUCUCUGCCUGAGUCUUGCCAGCACAGUGCAAGGGCAUAACCAAUUUCUAGCUCAAAUAUGUCCACUGCUUCUGCUGCAACAAGUGCUAGAGUCAAGCUAUCAAAGGAUCCAGGAUGGGAUUAUGGACAACCGUUACCUGGUGAUAAAAAUGCAGUUAAAUGUGAUUUCUGUAAAAUUGUUACUAAAGGUGGUAUAAACAGACACAAACAACAUCUUGUUGGUGGUUUUAAAAAUGUUUCACUUUGUAGUAAAGUUCCGAAGCAAGUUCAGGAAAUCAUUAGGAAAUAUAUGCAACAACAAGAUAAAAGCAAGAAUGAGAAACAAAGAUUGAAAGGGAUUAACAUGGGUGUUGAGAACAUUAAUGUGUUUGAAAGUGGUAGCAAUGCUGAUUUCUCGAGAGAUUAUGGAGAGGAAACGAGUCCACCACCAACAACUCUGGCUUCUAGUACUGGUAAUUCACAUUUAAAACCCAAAGUUAAAGGUCCUAUAGAUACUAUGUUUCCACCGAAGUUCGAUAACUUGGUCUAAAAACCUAUAGAUAGUGCCCAUCGAAAGGUAGCCAGAGAAAAUGCAUGUGAGUUUGUAUGUGAUUUUUUCUAUGAGAAUGGUUUAUCUUUUAAUGUUGGAAACAGUCCAAGCUUUACGAAGAUGCUUGCUGCAGUUGGGAAAUUUGGCCCAGAUUUCAAGGGUCCAACUUAUCAUGAAGUAAGGGGUCGGUUUUUAAAGAAAAAGGUGUCAGCAGUUUAUGAGUGGAUUGAGAAAUUUAAGUCACAUUGGAAGAAUUAUGGCUGUUCAAUUAUGUGUGAUUGGUGGACAGAUGGUGAAGAAGAACUCUUAUCAACUUUCUAGUGAACUGCCCAAAAGGAACUAUUUUCUUGAAGUCAAUUGAUGGUUCUGCACAUGCCAAAACCGCUACACUUUGUCAUCGGAUGAUGCUAGACGUGAUUGAAGAAGUAGGAAGAGAAAGUGUUAUACAAAUUAUCACGGAUAAUGCAUCAAAUUUUAAGGCAGCUGGUGGGUGGAUUCAAGAGGACUUGAACAUUUACUGGACCCGUUGUGCAGCACAUUGUGUGAAUCUAAUGUGUGAAGACAUAUCUGAGAUUCAGAAAUUUGCUGAGGUCGUUUUGAAAUGUAAGACAGUGACUAGGUACAUCUAUAACCAUGUUAACGUUCUGUCGAUGAUGAGAAAGUAUACCAAUGAUCCUGAUUUAACAAGACCAGCUUCAACUAGAUUUUCUACCAGUUGUUUGUCUAUGCAAAGCAUACAUAAAGUGAAGACUGGACUCAAGAUGAUGAUGGUUUCGGAGGAAUGGACAGAAAGUGCAUGGGCGAAAAGUUCUGAAGGAAACAAUGUGCUAGGAUACUGAAUAGGUCUCGGUUUUGAAAGGAUUUAAAUACUUGUUUGAAGGUUUUCACACCACUGGUAGAUCUUAUUCGCAUGGUUGAUUCAGAAGAAACUCCUGCGAUGGGGUAUAUAACUAUAUAUACCACAGAGUUGAACAGUUGAUGAAGAAAAUUCCAAUUAUGUUGAGUGAUCCUAAGAAUAAGAUUCUUCUGGAAAAGGUGAUGAAGAUUGUCGGGAACGUUGGUCUGAACAACUCUACCAACCUUUGCAUGCAGCGGGCGACUAUCUCAAUCCUUCAAUUUACUUUACUUUUCUAAUCCACCGGAAUCCGGAGAAGAUCUGGACAGCAAUGCUUAUGUCAAGAAAGGUUUAUAUGAUGCUAUUGAAAUGUUAUUUAAAGACGAAGACAUUCAAGAUAAAAUUAUAAAUCAACUAAUGUUUUACCGGUCAGCAACAGGAUUGAUGGGUAAACAACCAUCCAUAAGGAGUAGAGCAAAAACAUCACCAGUUGAGUGGUGGAUAAACUGGGGAUCAGAGGUGCCAGAACUUCAACGUUUUGCGAAAAGAGUACUUGGUCUGACAGUUUCCGCUUCUCCGUGCGAAAUAAAUUGGAGUGCAUUCAAUAAUUUGCAUACAAAGAAAAGGAACAGACUAGACCAUGAGAAGCUAAAUGAGCUUGUUUCUGUGUCUUACAACUCGAAGCUUCGAGCUCGUUACUUGGAUCGAACUAGCGGGCCAGGAAAAGGUACUGAUCCACUUAUUGUGAAAGAUUAUGAGACUGCAUGUGCCGAAUGGCUUGCUCCGUUUGCUAAAAAUGAUGAGUGUUUAGCUGGAGAGGAUUACGAAACAGAGGAAGAGGAUUAUGCUCAUAUCACAAGGCAAACUAAGAAGAAUGUAAGCAAGGGAACAAGACCUGUUGAUUAUGAGAGUUCUUAUAGCGAGGAUAAUGAAACAGAGAAAGAAGAUGAUGAUGAUACAACCACAAGGAAGUAUGAGAAGACAAUUCCAACCAACAGCGUUAGAAGACCUACUAAGACGCGUGGAGUUGAUGAACUUUACAGUUCUGAUUCGGGUGAUGAAACUUUAGUUUCAAUUCUUCAAAGAAGGAAAUAUAAAGCAAUCGAGAUCGAAGAUUUUUCGGAUUCAUGUAAAGAUGAUGUACCCCUAAUCUCUUUACGAAAAAGAAGAGAAGCCUUGAGGUGGGACAAGCUAGUGGUGGUAGUGGAUUGGGAAUUGCAGAUGAAGCAAUAGAUAUAAACUGAAUUUGUGAGAGAUGGUUUUACUGGUGGUUGCAAGGUGUUGCAGACUUGCAGUCAGUGUGCAGAACUGAUGUCGUGGGUUCUCUUUGCUGCCUAACUAUCCAUUCAUUCCAUUGUUCUGUAGUAAUUCUAUUUGGUGUCCUUUCAUCUUGUUUUUGAGAUUUGUAAACUGUUUUGUACUCUAUUGGCUAGAUAAACUCCUUUUUUUCCUUUUG